ACCGCAAAGGGUUAUGCAGCGAAUCUCGGAAAACGCGUUUAAUUUCGAAUAUUUCGUUGUGCACCCAUAGUAUUUUACUUGAAUUCGGAAUUACAUAGUUGCAGUGACACAUAAAUUGUUUAAUUUCGUGUACCCGCAAACCCCCACCUUACACAAUUUAAUUAUUUAAUUUGUUUUAUAAUAAUAUUUGAGAUUGAGAUUAUUGAGAUUGCCGAUGUUUACUUGAAAUAUAUUUCUCAUUAUAUGUAAGUGAAGGAAGAAACGAAAAGGAAACUGAAAAAAUACUAUGUGUACGUAGACUUUUUUGGCAGCGAAAGUUCGAUGUUCGUGUCCAAAUGCCGUUUCAUAUUGAAGACGUGCGGCACGACCACGCCCCUCCUCUGUCUGCAGCCGCUCCUGCUUCUCGCCGAGCAGUACGCGGGAUUCACCGAGGUCGAUGACCUGUUUUAUUCCCGCAAGAAUUACAAGAGGCCCGACCUGCAGGUCGCGCCGCACCAGCAUUUCGACCAGGAGGUGGCGCUGCUCGACGCGCUCUUUCCGGACGGCGCCGCAUACUGCCUUGGCGCGAUCAACAAAGACUGUUGGUACCUCUACACGCUGAACCCGUUGCCGAGGAGGAACCGUAGACCGACAGCGAAUACGGACGAGCCGGAUCAGACCCUGGAAAUUUUGAUGACGGACCUGGACCCGGAGGUGAUGUCGAUUUUCACUAAGGAGGAGUGCCUCAACGCCACCGAGGCCACCAAGAAAUCCGGCAUAGACAAAAUCAUCCCGAACAUGUUGAUCGAUGAUUUUCUGUUCGAGCCCUGCGGGUACUCGAUGAACGGCGUCACCAAAAACAAGUGUUACGAAACGUCCGAAGGAUGCUACAUGACGAUCCACAUCACGCCCGAGCCAGAAUUCUCGUACGUCAGCUUCGAGACCAACGUGCCAUCUAGCUCGUACGGGGAGAUCAUGUCGAGGGUGCUGGACACUUUCCGCCCGGGCAAGUUUACCGUCACCGUCUUCACAAAUCAGCUGUCCCCCGUCAAGGACGCGCCCAAGGAGAUGCUCUGCCCGCACCAGGUCGGCGGCCGAUGGGAGCGGCGCGACCUGCAGCGUUGCUCCUUCAAGAGCUACGACCUGAUCUACGCGUUCUACACCAAGUUCCCGAGCUGAGGGUGUCUAGUGGGGGUGCCCGCGGGUACGCCAGUACUGCAGACCGGCCCUAAGCGUCCGCCGGAAGGGUCGCCGGGCUGCGCGCGUCGCCUCCACGACGCGUUCGGCCCCCUCUCAUUUUUCUUCGUGUAUUUUGCGCUGUGCCCGCCCGCGCUCGAGUCGCCCCUGGUCCUGUGGUCGUGGUGGCGCGACAAGAUCUCGUGAGGGACAGCGCGUGGGUCGCCGAAAUCGUAGGGCGUCGCGGGUCCCUUUAACCUAUGAGGGUUGGGCGGACGCUGCGCAGUGUGAUGCGCGUCCCCACCCCCCACACGCGCCUCGUUUCCGGCGAUCCGUUUGUAGGAUUUCCCCCUCCACCGUCCGUCGUCCCCAUUUGUUUUGUUCCGCGGGUCCGGGCGUUUCGGUUUUCCCGCCUUCGGGGUCUGGGCCAAGGUCCCAUCCACACACACACGUUGUAAAAAAAAAUGGUGUAGUAGAUUAGAACCUAACCAAAUAAUAUGUUGUAUAGAUAGCGGAGCAGUCUCCAUUUCGGCGGAUGCGCCGGCCCGUGCGCUAGAUGUUUCGUUAUGGAUAAUUUCGUCAAUAUUGAUCCCACGAUGGAGAUCCAAUUACCAAAGUUGGAGCGUUUUUCCUGAACCCCCCGAUGUAAAAUAAAGAUUGGGCAAAUUGAAUGUUGAGUGUGACGAAGCAUAUAGUUGUAUGAUUUUCUGUUGUGUAAGAUGUUGAACUUUUGUCAACUUAUAAGCGUGCAUUUUACGUGUCUUUAAAAUCGGCUGAGGUUUGCUUUUACCGAAAUUUAUAUCCCGCAUGCGAGUUCGAUGGAUGCUCUGAAAAGAAAUAUUUGCAAUUGAAAUUAGUGAUUGAAAUUCUCACCUUGAAAAUAUAACAAGACAUCAAGUUCUUCAUUAACAUUACUUUCUACUUUCUAUAAGUGUUUUUUUUUUACUUGGAGUUACUCUCACAAUCUCCUAUACUCAAUACAAGCACCUACAUUUUAAAUAUACCGACAAAAUGUCCAACAGUUAAGUACGCCAGUUUCCAUGUCAACAGCUGUCAUGGCUAAUAUGAUUUUUGAGUUGUUCACUUCCUUACAUCCAGUAUCGGAUAAAAUUCGAGGUAUUUUCACAUCUGUCAAAAAUAACCCUGACAACUUAUAUAUAUUUGAAAUCGGAAGGAACAAUAAAAUCGAUUGACACAAUCGAAUACAGUGCAUUCAAUUUUUUAAAAAUGUCGACCUGUCAGAAUUUUUGUUUUAUAUAUUUCAUUUCAGAAUCGGAAGGUUUAGGGAAAAUACUCCCACCUUUAGCAAUUUAAUCUUCAUGUUAGGAUGAGUAUUAACAGAGUUAUCCGCUUGGUAUAAUGGGACAUAAUGUACAUAAACCAUGUAAAGGGUUUAAUUAAUAUCCCUCGGGGUUAUGGGUCGCUUCGGGGGCGGUUGGAGCUGGUUCGUCGGUCGGAAACGUAAAACAUAAGCUCCACAGAACCUUAAAAUGUAUUUUCUACGCGCAUCUCUCGAAUAUAUGCGAAGACCGUAAAGAAAAUCCGUUUUUAGGCUACGGUCUGUGCGAUGAAAUAUGUUUAGUGGUCUGUGGUUAACCCGUGAUGCGCAUCGAGGUAAAAAACCAUGAUUUUGUCGGAAUACCCGGUUAAAUUUUUUAAUUAUUUCAAAAGGUGUUUUUAUUUUAUAUAUUUUCUAAUAAAACGCAUCUGUAUUGACGAACCGGCCCCAAAUGACUAUUAUUAUAAUAUUAUGGGUAGAACGCGUCGUGUUGACUUUCUCUACUUUUGACAAUUUUUAUGUUUUAAGUUUUUAAACGAGGGGAUCAAUCUCAUCGUCCCGUUUAGAUUCGUAGUUUUUAACAAUCUGAUACUUGUUUACAUUUUAUUAGGAGGAAUUUCCGAAUUUUUCAGUAGCUAUUAGUGUACGGAAGAUGUUAAAAAAAUGUUAAUGUUUAUAAAAUUGUUUAAUUGUUAAAUAAAUAAACUAGCAUUAACGGUG